AUGGCAGGCCAAAAUAUCACUGAGCCUAUCAGUCUUGACUCGGACGAUGACUUGGAAGUGACUCACUACUCUACGCCACGAAGUAUGACACCCUUUCAACGCGUUAGCAUUCAACUCACAAUAUCACCAGGCAGAUCUCAUGCGGAGACACAAGGUGUUGACACGCCAGUCAAUCCAGAGUCAUCGCACACUUUUUCUGCAAGCGCAGUGAAAAUUCAGCCUGUGGACAGUGAUGAAGAGGUCAACGACGGCGAGCUCGCCUACAAGAAGUUCAAAGAACGCAAAUCUCUUAAGCGCAAGCAAAGUAGCGCCGCCGGGAGAAAGAGCAAGACUCCCAGAAAUGAAUUUGUCGGUCGAGUCAAACAAGAGAGGCCAACACCCCGGCCUAAGCGACCCCUCAAAGAUUAUGGUGAAAUAUCCUCAGAAGACGAGCUUAUGGAGAAUACGCUGCCAAAAUAUCUGAAAGACCGCCGUGCGGAUUUUCAAACGACGCACGAACAACUGCAGGAGUCGGGGCUGAAGCUGCCGCCCACAUACGAGGAUGUGGAAUUCUCAGAUGACGAACGUCUGGAGAGUCUUCAAGAACGACCAAUAUUCCCGAAUUUGAAGCCUCAGAAAGAAUAUAAAGAUAUCGAGCUUCCGUACUCGCUUGGUGUCAUCCCUGCCCCAAUCGCUCAGUGGCUGCGUCAAUAUCAAGUGGAAGGUGUUGCCUUUCUCCAUGAAUUGUUCGUGUACCAAAAAGGCGGUGUUCUUGGCGAUGAUAUGGGUCUGGGCAAGACUAUUCAAGUAAUUGCUUUUCUGACCGCUGCGUACGGAAAGACAGGCGAUGAACGAGACGCAAAACGUAUGCGAAAGGUACGCCGAGCCGAUGACAAUGCAUGGUAUCCUCGCACUCUUAUUGUGUGCCCUGGAACCCUACUAGCCAACUGGAAGGCUGAAUUCUCGCGAUGGGGAUGGUGGAAUGUCGAUAUUUAUCAUGGCGAGAACAAGGAUCUUGUUCUUGACGCGGCAAAGUCCGGGAGAGUCGAAGUCCUGAUCACCACCUACACGACUUACAUGGCCAACAAGAACUCAGUGAACAUGAUUGAGUGGGAUUGUGUGAUUGCAGAUGAGUGCCACAAGAUCAAAGAGCGCAAAUCUGGCACUACCCAAUCGAUGAAUGAGAUCAACGCCCUAUGUCGAAUAGGACUUACUGGCACCGCUAUCCAGAAUAAAUAUGAAGAGCUCUGGACCCUUUUGAAUUGGACGAAUCCCGGGGUUCUGGGCCCUGUGCAUACCUGGAGGUCCAAAAUCUCCGACCCUUUGAAGAUUGGGCAAUCGCAUGAUGCAACAUUGAGUGAGCUCAGCAGGGCCCGCAAAACGGCCAAAAAGCUAGUUGAGAACCUUCUCCCUCAAUUCUUUCUUCGAAGAAUGAAGUCUUUGAUUGCGGACCAAUUACCCAAAAAGGUCGACCGAGUUGUCUUUUGCCCUUUGACUGAAACCCAGGCCGAAGCCUACGAGAACUUUCUCGACAGUGAUAUUGUCGAUCAUAUCAAAAACUCCACCCUAUUAUGCGACUGUGGGAAAAACAAAAAGCGUGGCUGGUGCUGUUAUCGAUUUAUCCCCGAUAGGGAUCCAGAGGCAUGGCAAUCCUACGUGUUUCCUGCUAUCACAGUACUACAAAAACUCAGCAACCAUCUCGCCAUUCUAAUCCCCCAGGGUUCAGAUCCCAAGGAGAAACAGGAAAAAGACAAGACCUAUCUAGAGGUUGCCCUGCCUCAAAAAUGGGAAGAUCUAUACCGCACCCGUGAUUCAAUUGUCAACUAUGCCAACCCUGAGUUUUGUGGCAAGUGGAAAGUUCUUCGCAAACUUCUCAAAUGGUGGCAUUCGAACGGAGAUAAGGUUUUAAUCUUCUCCCACAGUGUUCGCCUUCUCAAGAUGUUACAGAUGCUUUUCCAUCAUACUAGCUAUAACGUCAGCUACCUGGAUGGGUCUAUGAGCUACGACGACCGUGCCAAAGUCGUCGACGAGUUCAAUGCCGAUUCUCGACAAUUCGUGUUUCUGAUCUCCACCAAGGCAGGUGGUGUGGGAUUAAACAUCACGUCCGCAAACAAAGUCGUGGUGGUGGAUCCAAACUGGAACCCGUCUUACGACCUACAAGCUCAGGACAGAGCUUAUCGCAUUGGACAGAACCGUGAUGUGGAGGUCUUCCGUCUAAUAUCUGCUGGCACAAUAGAAGAGAUCGUGUACGCGCGACAAAUCUACAAACAACAGCAAGCGAACAUCGGAUACAAUGCAAGUUCCGAGCGACGAUACUUCAAAGGCGUACAGGAAAGGCCCGACCAGAAAGGCGAAAUCUUUGGCCUACGCAACUUCUUCCAAUAUCAAUACGACAACAUCGUCCUUCGCGACAUCGUCAACCGAACGAAUGUCGCUGAAAGCCGAGCGGGCGUUCAAGUUGCGGACGUGGAGUUCAAUAUGGAAGAAGAAGGCCAAGAUCCAGGUGAACGAGGCAUGAAGAAUGAAGAAGAGGCAAUGAGCCAAAUCGCCUCUAUGAUCUGCGACGAGGAAGAAAAGCCAAAACCCUCGACCAAACUUCCAACGCCUCACAAACACGACCCUGUCCAAGCAAUCCUUGCUGGUGCCGGUGUAGAAUACACCCACCUGAACAAUGAAGUGGUUGGAUCCUCGCGCGUGGAAGAAGGUCUCAGUCGUCGUGCGGAACUUGCUCCCGAGGACACGACGGGUGAUCAACAAGUGUUCAUGCCUUUCGGGCCUUUUGAUGAACAAGAUGAGGUGCCCGUUGUUCAAUAUGAGUAUCAUCCACCGGAAGAUGUGAUGCGGCGUCAGUUUUGUAGCAUGGCGCAGCGCUUUGGGUACGCCGAUGCCACGGAGUUUGCUCUUGUUGUUGAGGGCAUGACGCAAGCACAGCGACGGUCAUGUCUUGACCAGUGGUAUCAGGAGAGGAGGUCAAAGUUGCUGAAUAAGGCCAAGGAUGAGGUCAAACAGGAGGUCAAACAAGAGGCCAAACAUGACGCUAAACAAGGGAUUAAACACGAGGUCAAGGCGGAGGUGAAAGACGAGAGUCCGGCCCUCUGA